GGUGUGGUAGGAGGGUGCGGGCGCUCGUUCCUGGGGGCCACGAACGUAAACAGGCGAGAGCGAGAGGCGGGCCGGGAGAGCGCGGGAAAGGCUGCCCGCGCGGCGAGUGCGUGUGCGCGCCCAGCGCCCUGGCUCGCGGCAGCCCCGGCCAGGCGAGGGGUGCUAUGCGGGAGUGGGGUGGGAGGGGGCGGCAGGCGGGGCCUCGCCACGUCACUUGGAGAGAGUGUGUUGGGAAGGAAGGGCACAGCCCAGAGCCGGGCCGCUGCAGCUGCGGCGGCUGCAGCCAAGGCUUGAGCCGCGGCGAGGUGGGUGCCCGCGCCCCGGCGCCGGGGGGCAGCCCCAGGGCCCUCUCCGAGGCCUUCGGCGCGGCUUCUAGAGAGAAGGUGGCAGCCGUGGCAGCAGCAGCCGCGACCUUGGCCAGACCGAGCCCCGCGCUGGACGCUGGGCGGAGGCCGAGCCCCGCCGGGAGUCUCUGCCGAGCCGGAGGGAGGCGCAUCUGGCGCUUUGGUACCAGCUGCUGCCGGGGGUCCUGACUGCGGAAGAAGCGCCGGGGGAGCCGGGAAGAGCUAGCUCGCGCGGAGGGCGGACCCCGGCGUCCGGCAGCCCGGAGCCCGCGCGGCGCGGGGCGACGGCGCGCGUCUUUGCGGGCAGCCAGUUUCACGCGCGCCAGUCUUUGCGGUUCCAGCCAUCCCGGGAGGCUCUCGCACCGAGGCGCGGGUAACUGGCAGCGCGGAGCCAGACCCUCCGCGGCCAGAUCACCUCCCCAGAGCCCCCUGUGCGGGCGCCAGGCUUCGGGACUCACCCACCCACCCGGCCGCCAGGUCAGCCGCCAGCCCCACCCUGAAGACAGGGCGCAGCUGGGAGCGGGGAGGCGGGUGCCGCGCUCCAGAGCCUGCGUCCCGGGCGCCGUCUUAGCGGCGGGGCGCGCACCGCGGAGAGAGGACAUGAGAUCGGAGAAGUCCCUGACGCUGGCGGCGCCGGGGGAGGUCCGCGGGCCGGAGCGGGAGCAACAGGAUGCGGGAGACUUCCCGGAGGCCGGCGGGGGCGGCGGCUGCUGCAGCAGCGAGCGACUAGUGAUCAACAUCUCAGGGCUGCGCUUUGAGACGCAGCUGCGCACCCUGUCGCUCUUCCCGGACACGCUGCUUGGGGACCCGGGCCGCCGGGUCCGCUUCUUCGACCCGCUGAGGAACGAGUACUUCUUCGACCGCAACCGGCCAAGCUUCGACGCCAUCCUGUACUACUACCAGUCCGGGGGCCGCCUGCGCCGGCCGGUCAACGUGCCCCUGGACAUCUUCCUGGAGGAGAUCCGCUUCUACCAGCUGGGCGACGAAGCCCUGGCCGCCUUCCGGGAGGACGAGGGCUGCCUGCCCGAGGGAGGUGAGGACGAGAAGCCGCUGCCUUCCCAGCCCUUCCAGCGCCAGGUGUGGCUGCUCUUCGAGUACCCGGAGAGCUCCGGGCCGGCCAGAGGCAUCGCCAUCGUCUCGGUGCUGGUCAUCCUCAUCUCCAUCGUCAUCUUCUGCCUGGAGACCCUGCCCCAGUUCCGCGCGGAUGGUCGGGGCGCAGGCAACGGUGGUGGUGGUGGUGUGAGCGGGGUCUCCCCGAUUUCCAGGGGCAGCCAGGAGGAAGAGGAGGAUGAGGAUGAGUCGUAUGCCUUUCAUCCUGGCCUCACUGCUGGGGGGCUGGGGACAGGGGGCUCCGCCUCGCUCAGCGCCCUCGGGGGCUCCUUCUUCACAGACCCCUUCUUCCUGGUGGAGACUCUGUGCAUCGUUUGGUUCACUUUCGAGCUCCUGGUGCGCUUCUCCGCCUGCCCCAGCAAGCCGGCCUUCUUCCGCAACAUCAUGAACAUCAUCGACCUGGUGGCCAUCUUCCCCUACUUCAUCACCCUGGGCACCGAGCUGGUGCAGCAGCAGGAGCAGCAGGCGGCCAGCGGAGGCGGGCAGAACGGCCAGCAGGCCAUGUCGCUGGCCAUCCUCAGAGUGAUCCGCCUGGUGCGCGUGUUCCGCAUCUUCAAGCUCUCCCGCCACUCCAAGGGGCUGCAGAUCCUGGGCAAGACCCUGCAGGCCUCCAUGAGGGAGCUGGGGCUGCUCAUCUUCUUCCUCUUCAUCGGAGUCAUCCUCUUCUCCAGCGCCGUCUACUUCGCAGAGGCUGAUGACGAUGACUCACUUUUCCCCAGCAUCCCCGACGCCUUCUGGUGGGCAGUGGUCACCAUGACCACGGUGGGCUACGGGGACAUGUACCCCAUGACGGUCGGGGGCAAGAUCGUGGGCUCCCUGUGCGCCAUCGCUGGGGUCCUCACCAUCGCCCUGCCCGUGCCCGUCAUCGUCUCCAACUUCAACUACUUCUACCACCGGGAGACGGAGCAAGAGGAGCAGGGCCAGUAUACCCACGUCACUUGUGGGCAGCCUGCGCCGGACCUGAAGGCCACUGACAAUGGACUUGGCAAGCCUGACUUCUCCGAGGCCACCCGGGAACGGAGGCCCAGCUACCUUCCCACUCCACACCGGGCGUUUGCCGAGAAAAGGAUGCUCACCGAGGUCUGACAGGCGGGCAGAGCCUGCAGGAGACGCUGAGCACUGAGCAAUCUCUUGGGCUUCCUUCUCAUUGCCACAACGACCCUCCCACUAGCUCCUCUUGACUUCCUGACUCCCUCCCCUGUACCUGGUACUUGAUGUCCAGGGCCAGAUAAGCAUCUGGACUGCCAGGCUUGACGGUCCCUGCAGCGGUCAAGGUUUACCCACCUAAGUGACGUUUUGAAAUUCCGACGGUGCCACCCGGUCAUGCCCAGCCUCUGUCGUCCCAUGGAUGAAGUGUACAUUUCUGCCCCUCGAGACUGAUUUUUCACAUCUGGGACUUGUAAUAUCUCUAGGAACAGCAGUGUCAACUGGACAGAAACCAGCCACCCUUGGGCCCCAGCUCUCUCCUUUGCUUUGGGGCAGGCACCCGUCUGAGUGCUGCUUGGUAAUGGGGAGAAGCUGGAGUGCAGGAGUGGGUCUCAGCUUGCUGUUUCAGUCCUGUGUCCUGUCACAUCUACAGAAGAUCCCUGGGAGAGUCUUCAGUUCCACAGCCUCAAAAUCCGCCACUCAUGUCUGAUCUUGGGUGCAAUUAGAGAAAAUACAAUUAACUGCACCUUCUGGAGGGUGUGAGGGUUAGUUCUGGACCACAGGGGCCGAUGGAUUCCUGCAGGUGCAUCCACUCAGCUCCCCUGACCGUCUCCAGUGUUCAGAAAGGAAGGUUCUCUCUCUUGGAGCUAAACACUCUUUUUGUGCAAGUGCCUCCCUGUGCAGAGGGGCUGGAGAAGGGGAACCAGGUAGCCAGAGGAAAUGGCGGCGUAGUCCAGUGUGUGACUUGACCACAUGUCUGAAGCCAAGUGCCACUUAAACAGAUGUGCUCUUCUCGGAAGGACGGAGACGUACACCAUUGCAGAUAGCAGCCUUUCCCCCCUGGUUUCCUCCAACUCUCUCUCUCUAGCCCUUCAUGUUCCUCCCGGGGCAUCUGGCUGAAGGUUGCAGUUGUGGGUUUUCUAAAGCAAGCCCAGCUUCAACCUGCAGACAGGUAAAAGCACACAUUGGAUGCCAGCAUGUAUUUCUUCCCUUUUUAUGGGCAGUGAAAUACAUGGUUUAGAGUAAGAAGCAAUCAUUAUUCUUUGGUGGACAACAUUACAGUUAGAGGCUUUUUUUUUCUUCUCUGAGUCCAGCAAACAUUCGCCUGCUUGGGCAAUUGGAGCUGCAUCCAGCCUGCUCUUACUGGUGAGGAAGCCGGGUGGGGUUGCCACCUGGACUGAGCCAUCUUCUUCCAUUGUGAAGCUACUGCCACCCGUCACGCCUGCCCCCUGCCCCUUAUCUCCCCCUCAGGAACAUUGCCAUUCGUGUUUUUGCCUUUGACAAACCGUGAUGUACUGUGCUGAGCUCUCCCAGGUGCAGUUCUGAGAACAAAAGGACUGUGAGCACAUUUUUAAUUUGAUUUCUAUGCUCUAAGACUUUUGGAUGAGAAUUUGAAAGAACAAUUUCUCGAGGUGCAACUUAGAAAGGACAGCCUUUAGGGUUUGUGGCAAGACAGUGCGGCUCUUGUGAGCACCAAGCCCAAGUCUGUUUUUGUCAUCUGGUUUUCCGGCUAGUUUGGACACCUCAGUCUCUCGUGGUGCCUCAGUUUCCACACCCAUUAGAUGGGCACAUUAACAUCUCCCCCCCCCUCAGCCCCCACUGGUGGGGAAUGUCAGCAGACUCCUCUGGGGAGCCCGGGGGGGGGGUGAUGCUAUGCAAAUGUGUGAAUUUCAGGAACUGAUUUGAUUUUUAGUUCAUCUCACUGCCUUCUCCCAGACUUCCUGCCAGGAUCCAAAGCCCAGGGGUGGGCUGUUGUGAAUCAUUAGUUCCCUGAGUUCCUCCAUGGCUUUGGUCUUUUCUAUUAGCCUUUGAAGAGGACGGUUCUCCUCAGAGUCCUUCUUUUGGUCCCUCCCCGUCUGGCCAGAGCUCACCCUGCCUGGGAGUGUGGCUUCUGCACACUUGAACUACAGCAGGAGAUGGAGCGCCUGCGGAAUCAGAAGCUUGCUCCAAGUGCUGGUUUCCCAGAUCUCUGCACUUGCUAAGGCUAUUUGGGGAAUGCCGGGAAGGGCCUGCCCCAGAGGCACGAGGGUAAUGUCGGGGCAAGCGCACCUGUUUCUCUCUCUGUGUAUGUGAUCAUUCACAGCACCACUCCUAAGACAGCCUUUCCUUUGCAAGUCAGAGCAAGCCUGAACGUAAAAGGUUUGUGGAGAGCUGGGCUCUCCAGGGAUGCCGGUUGCUGUAGCAACCUUCCAGCCGAUUCGCUCUGUCUUCUGCUUUGAGCAUCAAGGGUGAACGGCGUGCAGACUCCUGGCUUCUCAAACAGGCGCACCUCCUGCAAAUUGGUCUAGAGGCUGAGUCAUGGUGGGACAGGGACUGGACCUUUGGGGAACAAGGAAGAAGCAGGUCCCCCAAAUUCCCUCCCUGGUCCUGUCUUUCUGGUUUCCCUACUCAGUUACUGAAGCUGCUUCAUCUUCCCCUGGGCUCUUGCUAAUUCGAGCGCUAAGCGACUCCACCCACGGUUAAGCCAACAGCGAUGCCACGAUUGUCAAAAUGACCAGGGAGCCCUACGAGAGGAUGGCAUAUUCCCGCAGCGGCAGCCAGGCUGGGCCUCCGCACUGCAAGGCUCUUCCCACCCCAGGACACACAGAAGCGACGCUUCCUGCUCCCAGGGCGCAGCCUGGCUCCUGGGAGGAACCUCUGCGGUGGUCCUUCUUACGACCUUGAUGGAGAACUAAGAGGCUGUGGCCGGCUCUGGUUUCUGCACAGGGCUGUGUCCGACUAGCACUCUCCGACCCCGAGCCUCGUGUUGUGGAUCUCGUGCACUGUGAGAUGCUGCGACAGCUGGGGUGGCGGUUCCCAGCUGCCAGGAGAAGUGGGGUCCACGCCGUGGUUACACCUGACUCCAGCCGGCAGGAGCUCCCCAGAGACUCCCUGGAACAGCCAGCCCCAGCCUGGGGCCAGGGGUGUUCCUGCUGCCUGCGUGUCCCCAGGGAGGGACGAGGGCCAGCUGGCCAGCUCUGCAUCUGAGGGGAAAUGCCGGCACGCUGCUCUGCGCAAGGAGACCGGCACACACCCUUCUGAUAGUGAGUGGCUGGGCAGAGAAGACUCGAAGCUCCAACUUCCUUGGAAGACAAGAGCCUUAUUUGUGUGGUUGGCCUGACACCUGCCCUGGUGGCCUCCACAAGCAGCAACCGGAAGAGCAAAAGCUGAAGCUGGACCCACUGGCAUGAAAGAUGGGGUCCAGAAUGUUGGGGUGAGGCUGUGGUGGGAGGGUGAAGGCUGGUGGUGUGGGCAAAAGAGACAAAGCAUGGGGAAGCCAGGGGGUUCCAGAACGUGCAUGGCUGUGCCUCAGAUCCACCCAGAAGGGUGGCUGUGGAAGAAUCCCAAAUACAUGUAUGGCAGAGUCUCCAA